AUGCAGAAAUAUUCCGUCGAGGAAGAGGAGCUUAUUCAAGUGAUGGAGUCCCAUACUAUUGAUGAUCAAAAUCUGAGAAAGGAUUUUGAAAAUUUGAAAGAGGCUUAUAACCGCCAGCAGAAGAUCCUGCUUGAUCUGCAGAAAAAAUUUCUGCAGCAUGAAACCAAGCAGGAUGACGGGAAAGACCAGGGUCAGGAUGGAGGUCACGUUGGAGAAGAAAGUGGACAUGUUGCCCAAGGUGACCAACCUAGCCAGGACAGCCACACUGGUCAACAUGUCCAAAAAAACGAAAGAUUUGGUGACAGUGGAGGUGGUGGCGAUGGAGGUGGUGGCGGUGGAGGUGGUGGCGGUGGAGAUGGUGGCAAAGGUGGUCGUGGCAAAGGUGGUGGUGGCAAAGAAAAAAGAACUCUUUUUAAAGACGUCUUACUGAGUUCGCUAGGUGGCUCGUACAAAAUCUUGAGAACUUCUCAAAGACUUCUUUAA